AAGAAUCAAUAUGGCGGCUACAGUCUUCAAAAUUAAGAUAGAAUAUGUUUACUGUAAUUCAGGGACUUAAAUUUAACUUUACACUGUUACCUGAUGGUAGACCACAAAGAAGAGCAGGAGCUUGAAUUAGAAGCUCUGACUUCCAUUUAUCCAGAAGAAUUUUCACGUAAGAAUGCAAUAAGCUUAUUUUAAUUUUAAAUUAGACUGAUAUUUAAAUUGUUAAAGUUACUAUUAACAAUUUCAUCCCUGCAGCACUCAAUAAAAUGUCCGUUCACUCUUUGCAAUUGAGUUAUACAGUGAUGUAGUACCCUCAAACUGGAUCAAUCUAACCAUGACUAGUGUACAUACAUCAUAUAAUAUAUACAUGUAAUUAUAUAUCUUGUAGUAAUUAUAAUUGCAUUAUUAUUCAUUCAAAAUAUUUGCCGUUUUUGAUUGGCUUUGAUCCCCAGCUAGUUUCAAGGCUAGUCCAAAUUUUAUCCUAACAGGACCUUAUUUAGCACCAUGUAGUAUACUCCCUUGACUUUGUUGAUGCUUAAAGUCCCCUGAUCAGGACUCAUGCCACAGACAAGUAAAUCUACAUGUAGUAAAUGACCUUCUUUGCCAUGAGUACAUCUUCAUAGCUCAGGGGACAAUGGAUAGAGCACUGCUCGGUGUUUCUAAGGUCAUGGGUUCAAAUCCUCUUAAGCCAUAAUUAUACCUGCCAAUUCUCACACAUUACAUGCGAAAGAUAUCAAUCCCAUGCAUCAACGGCAAUUUCUCACACCUGACUAACAAAUCAAAGAAACUAUUUUUUAGGACAUGAUUAAUAAUGAAACCUCUAUUCAAUUUUCCUUACUUUGUGCCCUAAUUUUAGCAUACCGGUAAUACAUGCACGCUAUAAUUGUCACCUUUUGAAUAGCUUCGGAAUUGCUCAAGGUCAUUGUAUCAUCUUCAGACAUUUUUGGCAAUUUUCAGAAGUCUUCAGAAAAUCAUCAGAAAUCUUUGGAAAUCGAUAGAACGUUUUCGGAAAUCCAGGCCAUGACAAGAGGAAAAUCUCACACAUUUAGCUCAGAAAAAGUUGGCAGGUAUAAUAUAUUAAGGACUCAAAAUUUUUUAUCUUGUUCCAUGGUCAUGACUAGAAAAUUUAUUGUUAUGACAUGAUGUACAGUGCAAUUACUUAGCUCUGGAAAAAGGAGAAAAUAGUUAUAUUCAUUUGGAAAUUCUUGUGUGAUUUAUUCUUUAGUAAUUGAAAGUGAUCCAUGUUGUUUUCAAGUGUCAAUUGCUUGUGAACCAGACAAACCUGAAGAUGAAGAUUGUAGAGGUAGUGUUGUUUCAUAUUACAUUCACAUUAAAAUGAUAAUAGUUUAGACCAUGUCAAGGUUUCUUGCCAGCAGCUGUUUUGAAGUAACGUCUGACUAUUAAUAACUCAUUUUACCCGGGUCCUAUAAAUAUUGUUCUCUAGAGAACGAUAAGGGAAAAAAAUUCUCAAAAAUUAUCACUACCAAAUUUGGCACACAGGAAGUGGACUGUUUGAGCCAUUUGCAUGGCCAGUUUCAGCCCCUGACCUUGGAUAUGCUUGUCACAAUAAUUUUUUUGGAAAUGGUGAAAAAAUGACUCGCGAUGAGGGAAAAAUUUACAGUGGUUUUAGUGAUCAAGAAAUACUAUUGGCAACAAAAUUCGACAGUGGAUACAUUUUACAAUAGUUUUUGAUACAUUUGGAUUAUCUGAUUCUCAAUAACUAAAAAAAUUGAGGUAAACGAUCAGUGAAAAUCUUAGUAUCUCACUUCGCACAAGAGUGCUGCCAGCCAUGUGUUUUUCCAAAGCAAUGAAAUGCCUCUCAGUUUAGCUUUUUUUUCGAAAAAAACCUGCUUCUUUGCCUGAAAUUUAUCUUCAUUUUGAUGUCUCUGAGUUCAAAUCUUGAAAUUUGUGAGAAAAGUCGCUAAAAUUACAGUUUUUGUCACAUCGCUCGGUAAUAGACCUUUUUGCCUGUGACAAGAGGAGCCCGCAACCCUAAUCUCCAGUUUGUUAUAAUUACACAUGCAUCGCAUGUAUGUAGCCAGCAUUUGUUUGGACUUCCACUAAAAAUGAAUGGAAUGCACAGAACACAGUUUGAUCAUGCGCUUUUGAAGCUUCAGUCACUCGUAAUCUGAUCAUGCCUGUUUUGACCAUCUCUAAUGAGAAACCUACAUGAAGCACUCACUGCACUGGAGCAAAAGCUUUUGACUUUUGACCUUAGAUCGUUGUCACCGGCCCGCACUCCAUAACCUUUGGUUAUUAAGACUAGUUAGCUUGUAAGUUUUGUUUCCCCAUUUCGGACCACGUGAUGGUACCCCAGAGAACUGUUUCUUUCAAAAUUUCAUGUCAUCCUAUGCACGUGCAUCCUUAGUGUAUAUGUAUAUGUUGUAGUUAAUUUUUUAUCUCAGGUAAUUUUUAGUUUUCGUUUUGUUUGUGGGUAUGGUAAUGUACAUGUAUGCUAACAAAGUUGAAACAAAGGAAAAAUAAAAAUUACCUCAGUUAAAAAAUUAAUUACAACAUAUACACGAUUAAUGAAAAGAUGAAAGAGAAUAUCAUGUGGUCUCAGUGAAUUGGGAAAACAAAACAUACACUAGCUGGGUAUCAGACGAGUCUGUUGGUGUUAUCCCAUCUUCAACGUACUUCCAAUAUGCUACUCUUAGUUUCUUUUGAACUAGGUGCUUAAUAAUUAAGACAGAUAAGUGUAAAGUUAAUCAGAAAUACUAGUACAAAAGGCAGGGUUGAAUAAAGCAUAACUCAGAUGCAAAAGUUAUGGCUAUUUAUUUUUAAGCAAAGUUUUUGAGGUUUUUAUUCAAAUCAUCAUAUAACUUAUGCCUUUUUCCCUCUAAACUCUUCAAGUGACCUACUUACUAAUAAAUAUUUAAUUUGAGUUAUUCAAAUGAAACUCUUUUCUUUUACUUAGGGAUUAUUCAUGUUGAAAUACAAUUGCUGGCACUAAAGUACAACAUGCAUGAUUGAAAUACCAUUAUAAGCUAAACAGAAUGCCAUUGAUUUUAAUUUUCACAGUGCAUGCUAAAUUACAGUUCACCUACGUCAACACGUAUCCUGAAGAUCCUCCUCUCAUUGAAGUACCAUCAUAUGAAGGGAUGGAUGAUUCAGAAGCAGAGAAUCUUCGAGAGUUUUUAGACCAAGAGGUGAUUACAUGUGAUUGAUUAUCAAACAAGACUUGGAGCAUAUUCUGGAAAUCAUUUAUUAUUAGCAUGUUCCAGGGGUGCCUGUCAUUUGCAUGAGGAAAACGUGAAAUUCCAGUUGGAAAAUCAAAUCGAUUGCUUCAUUCCAUUUGGGAAGCUUCAGUAAACAUGGCCUAAGAUAUGCAGUGUAGACUGCGAGCAGUCUCUGUUUUUCUUCAGAUUCAGUAAGGGGAGUGUACGCGCGCACGAACAUUGAGCAUCGUGCGAGAACAAGGGCGGCAGCCCGAGAAGACUCUAACGCUAUGCACUGCAUAAGCUGCGCCUUUUAAAAAAAGUAAUGUAGGAAAACCUCUGUUGUUCAAGCAAACUCUAAGGUUACGUUUCCUGGCCUGUCAACACUUCAGUUUUCAUGCCAAAACAUCACUAGGCCGUGAAAGACCAUUCUCUCUGGCUUUGCGGGUAGUCUCUCUUUUGCCGUGCCUCCUCCUGUCUCGCACCUUCAGUCAUGCGCGUGGUCAUUUGUGUGUCUCGGGAGUUUUGCUCAAUGGACCAAGAAAAAAGAGAGACUGCUUGUAGUCUAUUUUCAGUGAUGCAAUUUUUUUUAUCUCUUAGUCUGUUCAGCUGAUUUGGAUAUACUUUGUAGCAGAUCAUUUUCUCACUUUGUCAAAUUUUACAGUUUUAUGUUUAUGCACAAGAUUUCCACCCGGGUGGUUUGUGUAAAUGAAGCAUCCCAGGUGUGAAAUUUGAGUUCAGAUAAGGAAGCUUUAAAAGCAAAUUCACUUUUUUUCUUUUUGUCUACAAUUUAUUGAUUGGAUGCACUUAAAAGAAGAGAAAAAAUUAUCACAGAAAGUGCUUUUAACAAAAGAAAAUAAAACAUGGAUUAAAAUUUAACCCCGCUAAUCAGCCUUCGAACAACUGGGCCCUGUGCUCCGCAAGACCAUGUGAGUGCAUCACUUAUGACAUAAUCAGUUUAACUUCUUAUUCCUCUCUCACUGCUAACAGCAAAGCUCUCACAUGCACAGCAGAGUACCACCGGUAAUAAAAUUUGGUUAUUUCUAUGCAUCCAAGAAGUUUUGGUAGUGACAUUCAGACAAAAUCAUCCGUCCAUAAGUACUCAUGCACCUUCAUGUUAGUGGAUGUAAAAGGUCACAUUAGCUUGGGGUCCAAGUUACACUUUGCACAAUGUUUAACUUGAUAUUGGACAUCCAUGUUAUGGUAAAUUGACAGCUGUCAAAAAAGGUAUCCACUGACCAGUGUCUCAUGACUGUAUUGCAGGCUCAGGUGUACAACUCAUUGAGGUGAUGUGUUUAUUUAAAAGUUCUCUGCUGACCAGUUAUUGGUUUUCAAUUGAUUCCAGGCUUAGAUCCAUUUUUUCAGGGGGAAUCCAGUGUGCUUCAUGCUUAUGGCAAGAGUUUAUUACUGAAGAAAGAUAUUUCUUCCAAGAUCCUAUGAGAGCUUCGCUUUUGUUCUUGGCUAAAUCUACAUAUUAUUUGAAAUUGACAAGUAUUAUCUAAUUGCAUGUUUUGACUCCUUUUAGGCACAAGAAAAUCUUGGAAUGGCAAUGAUAUUCACUUUAGUAUCAGCUGCAAAAGAAAAGUUAAAUGAGUUUGUGGACAAGUUAAAAAAUAGAAAAGAAGAGGAAAAAUUGAGAAAAGAAAGAGAAGCAGAGGAAGCAGAAAAGAAUAAAUUUACAGGAACACCAGUUACUCUUGAGACAUUCUUGGCAUGGAGAAGAGCAUUUGAGCAAGAAACAUUACAAAGUGGAAAGAAUAAAGAACAAAAUUUUAAAGGAAAGUUAACAGGUAAAGAAGCUAAUUGUGUGUUUUCACAUGACGUCAUGGCGGCCAUAUUUGUGUCCCAAAACAAUGAAACGGCGGCCAUGUUUGUGUCCCAAAACAAUGAAAUGGCGGCCAUGUUUGUAUCCCAAACCAGUCCUGUGAAAGUUGAACUCUUUUCUUAUGUAAACGCUUUCUUUUGUUCCAAAAAAUUUGCAUAGAUGCUGGCCACGUGAGUGAAAACACAUAUUAAAUACUUACUGCAACUCCUUUCUGUUCACUGAUUGAGUUACCUGCAGUAUGAUUUAAUUUACAGUACAGUGAAACCUGUAUUAAGCAGACACCGCAUUAAGCAGACAGUAGCCGAAGGCCCAAAAUUUAUCUCCCUUAUUUACUUUAAGUGAAACCUUUAUUAAGGGGACACCUCUAUUAAGCGGACACGGACACCUAAAAAGUACCAAGAAUCGUCAUUUCUAUUGUUACCAAGCUGUAUUAAACGGACACUUGUAAUCAAAUUCCACCACCCAACAUGCCAGACACCGGAAAUGCGAAAGAUUGCCGAGAAUUUCCACCCACAACUUUUUCGAUUUUUACUUUAAAAAACGUGACUUGACGAACUUAUUUGAUUGGUUUCACUGUACAGUAUUGUUUUCUAUUUCGUUUUGUUUGUAUAGAGCUUGUUUCACUAAUCUGAUUUCCUCAAAUUUGAGUUGCAAUCUAUGUUUAUGAUCAAUGGACCACUUUGACAAAGAAAUUAAUGCAAACGUAUAUCGUCAAAGUCUCUGGGAGUAUUCUUAACAUUUCCACUGUUCAUUUGAAUGGCAUUUGACACCUCAUAUGACAUUUUCUAUCGAAACCUGUAUUAGGUGGACACCCCUGUAUUAAGCGGACACUACAGCAUUCCCUGGAGGUGUCCGUUUAAUACAGGUUUCACUGUAUACUCUCAUAACAGACACCUCUAAAAGAAGGACGCCUCAAUAAAAUGGAUACCCAGAGUUUGUCUCUUUACUUCACUCUCUUUAAGAUGACCAUUACUCUUAAACAGACACUUAGAGCCUGUCCCAAAGGUGUCCAACCUAGAGAGAGUUGUCUGUACUCUUACAUUAUUUUUAAGCGUAAGGUUUCUAAUUCUUAAUUUUCUUGGCACGUUUUCUUCAUAAANUGAGUUGCAAUCUAUGUUUAUGAUCAAUGGACCACUUUGACAAAGAAAUUAAUGCAAACGUAUAUCGUCAAAGUCUCUGGGAGUAUUCUUAACAUUUCCACUGUUCAUUUGAAUGGCAUUUGACACCUCAUAUGACAUUAUCUAUCGAAACCUGUAUUAGGUGGACACCCCUGUAUUAAGCGGACACUACAGCAUUCCCUGGAGGUGUCCGUUUAAUACAGGUUUCACUGUAUACUCUCAUAACAGACACCUCUAAAAGAAGGACGCCUCAAUAAAAUGGAUACCCAGAGUUUGUCUCUUUACUUCACUCUCUUUAAGAUGACCAUUACUCUUAAACAGACACUUAGAGCCUGUCCCAAAGGUGUCCAACCUAGAGAGAGUUGUCUGUACUCUUACAUUAUUUUUAAGCGUAAGGUUUCUAAUUCUUAAUUUUCUUGGCACGUUUUCUUCAUAAAGAGCAGGGAGUGGAACUUUUUUUUCUCCUCCCUGCGUUUUCAGAGACACGGCCAGUUGCAAGAAAGGGUGUUAAAAUGCAAAGCACUAUAAUUAAAUGUCAUGGGUUAAAGUAUUUAAUCAAGAGGAGUCUCCAUUUUGGAACACCUACGAGGCCUUAUUACCAGUAAAGAAAAUUAGUGGUCCUUUGCGUUUUUAUUUGUUUUAUUUAUUUAAUGUUUUCCAAGUACUUGCUCUCCAUCUGUAUGAUGAUUUUUAGCAAGAGGUCAGCGGCCUCACUAAAUGUAAUUUCUGACGGUUGAGUGACUAGGAACGAAUUAGUCAGAAAUUGCUAUUCUGAUGGCACGAUUGAGAGGUUUUAGUAAUCUCAGGGGAGAGUUUUGAGUAUUUAAUGUCUUAGCGGGGAAUAUUAAUCAUUCUAGCUCAGUCAGUCUUUCUGUUUGCUGUUGUCAAUUUAGUUGAAUUUUUUCUAUGGAGUUAUUCGUUUGUUUGUACCUCUUCCCCGAGGUUCCGUGCCAUUGCAUUAGAUGGGGAAUACGUUUCCACAUAUUUUUUGGCCACAUCUAAAGAGUGGUUUUUCGUAUCUGGCGUGGUACACUUAAUUUUUCAAGCUUUUCAAAUUAGACUUGCUAGCAUAUUCUAUGUUGUAAUAAGUAUAUGUUACGACACAUUGUUGUUGUCGGAUGACUGACUGACCAUUCCUCAAUAAACUAUCUCACAUUGAAUGUUUCGUGAUAGUGUAGUCAGAAUUGGUAAUAACUAAUAACAAGAAUAAAAUAGAAUGAAACAGAGGUACAUAUAAUUAUUGUUUUUUUUGGUGAGAAUGUUAAGUCAAUGUUGUCUUCAUUGUCAUUUUUGGUACAGGCUUUCAUACUUUAUUAUUAAUGCUUAGCCAACAUAUAAUAAUGAAAUUGAAAUAUUUGUUCACUGUUGUUCUUUGUGUCUAGGUAAACAACUUUUUGAACAAGAUUCAUCAAUGGAAAACUCGGAUGCAGCUUUCCUUGAAGGUGAGUAGUGUGUAGCCUGGCAAAUUGAUCCGUGUAUGAAAAAGGGUUGCCACUUUAGAAACGAGAAAGGAAAUGGAGCUGAAAUGCGUCCAGCAAUUGUUUCUGGGAUAAUUACUGGGGAUGUGCCGGUCAGCUGUUGGUCAGUUUUUUCUCCUGUCCUUAGUAAUUGUUUGAAGCACCUCUGUGCGCUGGAAGACAGUCACAAAGUUCUGAGCUCCAUAGGAGUACUUAAAUUUCGAACGAAAAAUGUUUGACUUAAUUUAUCUUCUUUUCUUUUUCAUUUGUUCAUUUUCUUUGUUUACUUGUGAAUUAAUUUUAAUGUGAGAGCUUCGUAUUUUGUUUUUAUACAGACACUGCCCACCUAGACUAGCUUUUGUGAGAAAACGAAAUUGUAAAUUUGCAUCAACCAAUAAAAAAUGAAAUGAAAUGAACAGUCCCUGAAUCGUUCUAGAAGUCUUUGCGAAAGUGAACUCGCCCCAGUUUCCAUCUCGUUUGUAAAGUGGGGAAUGCAUUUGGCUACACUUUAGGGACGGACCACUAGAAAACCUAUUGGGGGAGAUGGGCGAAGUACAAAAAAAAAUUAUUCGCUCAAGGGAAAAUUCAUGCACGCCAGUUAACCCUAAAAAAUAUCCGUGCUACGGCUUAAAAAAAUUCAUACAUGGAAUUUGAUGACGAAAAAAAUUUCCUGCGACUCAAAAAUUCCCCACCCGUUCCCCAUAACUUUUCUAAUGGUCCGUCCCUAAGCACUAAAAGGCCACUGUCCAUGUAUUAAAAUUCAGCAACAAAAAACAAAAACAAAGAAAAUGAAUAAACAUGAAUAUACAUGGUUUAUCAUGCUGAAUUAUAUCAAAAGUGGCCUAUUGAGGACUGAGGACACUGUGUUAACGUCUCCUACUUGGAGAUGGAACCGCCUUUUUACGUGGUCAUCCGAGCCACACGAAGGUCUAGCCGUUUGAAGGCCGAUGGCCGGCAGUACUUAACCAUCAUUUCAGCUACUUUUUAAGACCCUAAGUACUGGUCCCACCCCGGGGAUCAAACCCACGACCUCCCGCUUUGCAGUCAAGCGCUCUACUAUUGCUGGUUUGCACGUGACGUCACGGCGGCCAUAUUGUUGGUCAAGAACAAAAGCAAUUCUCUCUUCUGAGAACUCAACUCUAUUUUCAUGUAAAUUCUUCGAGAAAAACUUCUAUUGUAUUUACCCCCAACAUGGUCGCCUUGGCACGUGGUUGCAAACCAAGAAUAAUAAACGUGAUAACGGUUCAAAUUAAUAUUGAUAACAAGAUCGGCGGCUUGACCGACAGUUGUUGCUCAAAAUACCAAAAUCACAAAGUAACUUUUCUAGGACCAGAAGAUGUAAAUUUGAUUGCUUCAAUGCACCUGCACUGUGCGCCACUUUUAAAUCUAAGAGGUUUUUAGGGUGUAAAAUUUUAUCUACACUAGCGCUUAUUUUCGUCGCAAUAUCUUCAAUAGCGAUCUCUUUGGUUUUGCACCACUUACUCCAAGCCUUUCUUUCAACAAUUAACUGAUCACGAUCAUUUUCUGACGCCCUACGUCGAAUACAAGAUAUAUUAUCUUCGAGUUGCGAUUUGUCGAGAAUCGUCCUGUGAUCUUCCACAGCGGUCACCAACAUACAUCAUCAGAGCCAACCAUGAUGUAGCGGCUAAACAUAUCAUCAGGAAUGUAGUAAAAGAAGAAUUUUUUUCUUUUAGGUGAAGUGAAAGUAGACGAAUCUCUCUUUCAAGAAAUGGAUGAUUUAGACCUCGAUGAUGAAGAUUUAGAAUAA